AUGGUGUCAAAAGCUCUAGAUCCAUCUCACCGCAACGAUGGCUCCAACGAUGAUGAGUCCUCUCCCUCGUCAAAUCCUACCGUUCGGGAAGCUCCCCCGCCACAACCACAGGUCGACAUGGACUCGACCGUAACGACGCCGGAAGAGUCACCGCGAGUGCAACGGAAUCCCGAAUUGAGCCUGCGCCGAAACGGCCCUCUCAAGAUCCCAAGCAGUCCCAACCUGAUACCCGGCCAUGGUCCAUCUCCGUCGCCCCCGGGCAGCAGAAGGUCCCAAUCGGGGAGUCCGUUCCGCCUUGAUCUGCCCUACAUAUCGCCGGGCCAAUUGGCUUUCACGGCUAUGCAGUACUUGCCGGUCCCUCUCCUGGUGCUGAACAACUUCAAGACCGUCGUGAUGGCAAACGAGGCCAUGGCUCGCUUGCUUGGCAUCGUGGCUGACGCUACAGAUGCUCAGGAUGUCUCUUUAAUCGUGGAUCAACUCCGUGGACAGACCUUGCCGCAAAUUGGCAUCGACAUGCUGCAAGAUGGCCGGCCCGUAUGGGUUUCCUGGGAUGACCUUUUCGACUCUUUGGUCGCCGAUGGCCUGACCAAGACUGCAGAUAUCCCGCCAGAGUCCCAUCUUGUUGAUGGCAGUGUAGGUGGCGCGACUCCCAAGGUGAAGUCGCCCGAAUCAGAACAAGGACUUCCUAGCGCCGUUGAUGGGAAUACAGAUCCUGCGGGAAAACCUGGGCCGCUAAACAAUUCAGUUGUUGAGGUGAUCCUCUCAUCCACGGCCUUCCGUGCAGGAACCAAGCAUAAAACCGAGCAUCAUUCACUCGCAAAGAUGAUUAUCAGUAUCUUUGAGAUUGGAGACCAGCAGAUCUAUUUUACUCUGACUUUCACAAACACCGAGACACCUACAGCCUCUAUACCCGUUCAGAAAAAGGUUCCCAGAUCCUCUGCAACAUCGCUCGAGGCGGCCGAUAAAAAGUCAAUUUCGCACUCGAAUCCACCCUCCAUAGGCUCCAGCCACGACUCAAAUUCACCCUCGAUGAGAAUCAGUCCGAGUGCCGUAACCUUGUCGUCGAGCCCGUUUCCGCCAAUGGGUCCUCCGUCGCGGAGUAUACUAUCAAGCACGCCAUCGCUCUUUCAAAAAAUGACAACCAUCAAGGAUGCGCUACUAGACAACACCAGAAUGCCCAUACUGGCCAUGUGGAAGGAUGGUAGUGCUCCAGUUAUGAAUGCUGCUGCUCGGGAUUUGUUUAUUGAUCCAGAAGCAUCAAUGCAUGACUCAGACGGGUACGAUCUUUUGCGGGAGUGGCUAGUCUACGACGAGGACUUUACGCGUCAGUAUGAUUCGAGCGAGUUCCCGAUUGCAGUUUUGCUGAGGACUGGCGAGCCAUUUACUGGAAUGCGCGUGGGAAUGGUCAACAAGCAGCAAGACAAGCGAGUCAUUUUUGAUGUCCUCGGAGAGAUCAUCAAAGAUCCUGCCACUGGCGAGAUGCUGGCUGGUGUCAUCACUUGUCAGGACGUCACCCAUAUGGCACAGGAGAUUACUACCAUUAAGGAGCAGGAUGAGGAGAGAUUCAAACUCAUCUGCGAUACCAUGCCACAAAUGGUGUGGACUACUACUCCGGAUGGUAUGCACGACUUCUUCAACUCACGCUGGUAUGACUAUACAGGUUUGGCGCCAGAAGAGUCUCUGGGCUUGGGCUGGAAAAAUCCGUUCCACCCUGAUGACAUGCCUGUGACGGUUCGAAGGUGGAAACACAGUCUACAAACAGGUGAUCCCUACUACACCGAGUACAGAUGCUUGAGCAAGCAUGGCGAGUGGCGUUGGAUGAUUGGACGUGCCUUGCCCCUACGAAACAAGCAGACUGGAAAGAUUGAGAAAUGGUUUGGUACUUGUACAGAUGCACAUGAGAGCAUGGAAACCAAGGCGGCCGCGAAGCGGAUGAGGCAGCAACUUUUGAGUGUACUUUCACAUGCCCAAACAACCAUCUUUUCCGUUGAUCGAAACCGAAAGAUCACCAUGCUCGAGGGCGCUCUCAUCUGGAACACUUUGAAGCAAGGCAAGCAACACGAGGAAGACAGCAGCGAUGACGACUUGUACGUUCUGAAAUAUGUCGGUCAGAAUGUGGAGGACGUAUUCAAUGAUCUGAACCCAAAAAUCAGACGGGGUGAGGUUCCAGAAUUCUUGAACCCACUUCAUGCCAUGUUGGAUGGAAAACUCAAACGCGAUUUUACCCAAGAGCAUGAGAUUGACAAUCAUUUCUUCCGCACGAGAUUUGUCCCGACAAUGGGCAAACAAUCACGCGAUGGGAUGACUAGUGAAUCCAUCAUUGACGGAGUUAUUGGCAUAAUCACGGAUAUCACAGAGCUAAAGGAGAGAGAAUCUGACUUGAAAGUUCAGGUCAAGGAGAAGAGACAAUUAAUGGCCAACGAGGCGGCAGCCAAAGAGGCAAGUCGUCUCAAGAGUCAGUUUCUUGCCAAUAUGUCACAUGAGAUUAGGACGCCCAUUACUGGUGUCAUAGGCAUGGCUGAACUUCUCCUCGACUUGGAACUUGGUGAGGAACAGAAAGAGUAUGCGCAGAACAUUGUUCGUUCUGCCAAUGCAUUGUUGACCGUUAUCAACGACAUUCUUGACUUUUCCAAAGUGGAAUCCGGACGUUUGGACAUUGAAGAGGUUCAAUUUUCUCUGUCAGUGGUUGUACAGGACGUUACAAAGAUGCUUGGAUUCGCAGCAGAAAGGAAGAAUUUGGAGUUUCAUUCCAACGUCUCGGACGACAUUGCGCAAGAUCUCGUUGUCUUGGGUGAUCCUGGCAGAGUGAGACAGAUUAUCACAAAUCUGCUUACAAACAGUAUCAAGUUCACCAACAGUGGCUACGUCAAAUUCUCUGUGUGGAAAGGUGAGGAAACGCAAGACACGAUUGAGAUCAAAUUUGUCAUUGAGGAUAGUGGUGUCGGCAUUGAGGAGGAAGUACGAAAGCGCCUGUUCCAACCAUUUAGCCAGGGCGACUCAUCGACAGCAAGGAAGUUUGGCGGUACCGGUCUUGGAUUGACCAUAUCGAAAAAUCUUGUUGAAUUGAUGCAUGGAAGGAUUACUUUGGAGUCAUCUGCCGGCAAUGGCACAACGGCAAUGUUCUGGAUUCCAUUCAACAAAGGCCAAACUUCUCAAAUAUCAACGCUCAAUGAAGUUGGCACACUCCCUGAUCGGCUUCAAUCCGAGAUGAGUGUUUCGUGCAACAGCUCCGAGUACGAGCAUAUUAUCAACACCCCUCCCCCUGAAUCAAUGCGCAAUUCAAACAAGCGAUCGCCACAGCGGGCACGGCCUGCCAGCAUUACAUCAUCUCCUCUCUUUACUGAAGAAGACUUAUCGGCAACUGAGCGAGCAAAGAUCUUUGUACUCGUUGUCGAAGAUAAUGCUAUCAAUCAACAGAUUGCCCUGAAAACGAUACAGAAGCUCAGUUUCAAGGUGGAAGCUGUAUGGAACGGCAAGGAGGCUCUGGAGUAUCUCGAGGCUGCCCAGCAAGGCAAACACGCCAAACCAGACAUCAUCUUGAUGGAUGUUCAGAUGCCUGUCAUCGACGGGUACAAGGCGACGCACAUUUUGCGGCACCAUGUUCCGUAUCGGGCCUACACUAAAGACGUACCAAUCGUGGCAAUGACGGCCUCGGCAAUUCAGGGAGACCGCGAGAAAUGCAAGAAGGCAGGCAUGGACGACUAUCUAGCCAAGCCUGUGCGAGGAAAGAUGUUGGAAAAAAUGCUCGUGAAGUGGAGUCGUGUCAAAAGAAAGACGGCUUCGGCUCCAGAACACAACACAGACCUAUCGGUAUCUGACUGUUCAGAAACAGGCGAGCACUGUCUUAGUGCGGACAUACCUACAUUUGCCCAUUCUGACACCGACGUCGAGACUGCGACAUCAAACGAACAUGCAGACUCGGAUUUCCACCCAGAUGAGUUCAGCACCAAUCUAUCAACACCAAAACCUUUGGUGCGCAAUGGAUCACACGAAAUAACGGCGUAUCCGUUUGGAAAUUUCAGCACAGCAAACCAAGGGGGCCAAAGCAGACAACUGGAUACGAACGAGCUAGCCAUGCAACUUCGAGAUGACAAGCUCAUGGGUGCUGCAGGCGGUGCCGAUGCACCAAAGCACCAAAUGGUCGAGGGCGACUCGUUGACUGAAGAGAAUGUGGGGAAGCUCAAGCAAAGUGCGCGGUGA